AUGACAGCACUAGCAGCAGUUCUUCUGCUCACUUGGGCCGCGCUCGCCACCUCGGCGGACAAGUACUAUGUUAUCCGCCGCACCGACGAGGUGCCCCCUGGGUCGAUGGAGGACUCGGGCAAAAUGGCCGUCACUGGUCCCGUCAUCGAGGGCGGCCCGAACACGACCCUCUACAAGACCGAUCGAGAGGUCUACGACCAGAUUCUGGCGUUCAACCCGCACACAUUCGACGACGUCGCCGUCGGCACCACGCCUGUCCCUAAGCGCGGCCUUCCGGGGCCCAAGCGCCUGGUCCAUCUGUCGAGGAAGGAGACCCUGGCUGACAUUUGA